AUCAAUAUGAAGAUUUUAUUACUUUCUUGCUUCCUCUAUUUUACCUUAUUUCAAAUCAUAAAAUCCGAACCGGUUCUCGAUACUAAUAAUGAACAAGUCCGUCCGGGGUACACCUACUACAUAUUGCCCGAUACCGCGGGCAAUGGUGGUGGCCUAACGCUAGCCAAAGGGGAAAAUGGGAGCUGCCCCCUCGACGUUUUUCAAGCACGAAAUUCGCAAAGUGUAGGCAUUCCGUUGAAAUUCUUGAUGGUGAAUUCUAGCGCGGGCUUAGUAAUUGAUGAAAAUGAGGACAUAAAUAUAAAAUUCGCAGCGCGAAGGUACGUAUCGAUUUGUAAUGUAUCAACUGUUUGGAAAAUCGAAGAUGGGAUUGUGACUACUGGUGGAAUUAAGGGUGGAUCGGAAAAUGGCACGUCUACAAGUUUAUUUACGAUUCAGAAAUAUGAAGAUGCGUAUGCUUUACAAUAUUGUCCAAGAGCUACAGGGUGUUCUUUUAUUUGUCCAAGAUUGUUGUGUGGGUAUAUUGGUAUUUUACCAGCUGAAAAUGGAUCGAGGCAUUUGGCUGUGAACCGGCCGGUUUUCAAGAUUGUGUUCAGGAAGGCAUAAGAAAUUUAUUCAUAGUAUAAUAAUAAUAAUAAUAACAUAGUGAAAAUAAAUAAUGAUGUUAUAAUUUAU